AUGGAGCCGGCGGAGAAAUGGCAGAGCGACAACAAAGCAAAGACGAACGCCCGGCCGAUGCACGAUGAGCAGACGAUGGACAAGAAAGACGAUGCGUAUAUCCGGUGGAGAACGAUGGCGCGGGAUACCCAGGAUCGCUGCAGGCCGGAUCCUGGUAUCGCUGUGGGCUGGUGGCUACAACCACCACAGGGCAACACCCAGGCUGCUAUGGGGAUAUACAUGCAAAAGGCAUCUUAA